AUGAAUUCUAAUAGUGGUGAACAUCAAGUUCUAAAUAUAAAUCAUAAUAAAUUAUCAAAUAUUAGCAAUACAACUAGAGAAAAUCAACCAAUUUUACAUUCACAAUCAAUUAAUAAUAAUAAUAAUAUGGAUUUCGUAAAUAAUAAUCAUAUCUCAACGUAUAAUACAAAUAUAACAUAUGAUCCGGAAUAUGAUGAGAUUAUUAAUCAAGCUGAAAGAGCUAUUGAAGGUGGAAUAUUACCAGUAAGAAUAGCAGCUGGUUCAUCUGGUUCUUAUUUUGUUCGAAAUCUUGAAGGCAAAAAUAUUGGAGUAUUUAAACCAAAAGAUGAAGAACCAUACGGUCGUUUUAAUCCGAAAUGGUCUAAAUGGCUUCAAAGAACUCUAUGUCCUUGUUGUUUUGGUCGAGGUUGUUUAAUUCAUAAUCAAGGUUAUUUAUCAGAAGCUGGUGCUAGUAUAAUUGAUACAAAACUAGGAUUAAAUAUAGUACCUAAAACACGUGUUAUACAUUUGGUUGCUGAUUCAUUUAAUUAUCCUGCAUAUCAACGUCAUUUAAUAAUAGCUAAACGUGAAAUAAAUGAAAGUGUAGGUCGACAUAUGCAUGGUAGACGAGUAUUUGAACCAGAAGGAUUACAACCUAAAGUUGGAUCAUUUCAAUUAUUUGUUGAUAAUUAUGUUAGUGCAGAUGUUUUUCUUAAACAAUUAGAACAGAAAGCACUGCCAGAAGAAGUUAUGGAUAAAUUUCAAAAACAAUUUGAAAGACUUGUUGUAUUAGAUUAUAUUAUACGAAAUACAGAUCGUAAUACUGAUAAUUGGUUGGUGAAAUAUGAAGUAAAACCAAACAACGAACGAGACCGACUUCUUCAAUCACUUUCCGAUCCACAGCUUCGACCAGAGCAACAGACUAAUAAUAACAAAGAAGGUGAUCAGAAUACCGAUGAUACUCAAAAUACUGCAAUAGAUGAAACCACAACAACAACAACAACAAAUGAUAUUCAUAUAGCAGCUAUUGAUAAUGGUCUUGCAUUUCCAUUUAAACAUCCCGAUGAAUGGCGUACAUAUCCAUUUCAUUGGGCUUGGUUAAAACAAGCUAAAAUACCAUUUUCUGAUGAAAUAAAAUGUCAUGUUUUACCAUUUAUAUCUGAUAUGAAUUUUGUUCAACAUGAAUUAUGUGAUGAAAUUCAACGUUUAUUUUCUCAAGAUAAAGAUUAUGAUCGUCGAUUAGUUGAACGACAAUUAUCUAUUAUGCGUGGACAAAUAUUAAAUUUAGCUCAAGCUAUGCGUGAUGGAAAAUCACCAUUUGAAUUAGUACAAAUGCCAGGUGUUAUUGUUGAACGUCGUCAUAUUGAUCCUACAGUUGGUCAUCGACAAUUUAAGAGAAAAUUAAAUGAUCGUUAUCCAUUAUUUUCUUGGUUUUAA